AUGGGUUUAGAGAAUAAAGAGAAGAAGGAAGAGUCUAGUGAAGAGACUAAGAAGGAAGAUGAGACAAAAGAGGACUCCUCUGAGGCAACCAAGGCCGAGCCAACUCCAGAAGCUGUGAAGGAAGAAGAGAAAGCUCCUGCUGAGACUGAGCCACCAACACAAGAGACCACACCUGCCAAAACCGAUGAGGCCCCUCUCGUGAUCCUUUGAUUGUCAUUUCUAAAUCUCAAAAUCAUGUGUAUGCAUGCGCUCAAGUGCAAGUGUUCCUCGCUUUGUAAUUUGUCAUCUCUAUUCUAUU